AUGGGCCGGCCGAAGCGUGUGCAUGCUGAUCAACCAGCAUCCACUACUCCCUCCCAACUCGAUGCUCCUACAUCUGCUCCUUCAAAAAUUCCUGCUAUUUCAGCUGCGUCUCUGCCAUAUCCUGCGGCAGAUAUCCAAACCCUCCAGUCUUGUGAUGUGUCUGUUCCAUCUUCAUACUUCGCGGAUCCCUGGUACCCUAUCAAACCUACAAGGGAUAAUUGGGAUCACUCCUACAAAUCCCCGUGCCGCGACUCUCCUUUAUCCAACUAUGCGCAUUGGUUUGGAACCGUACCGGGCUCUUCAUCGUCCCAAGGGACCUCUGAUCAUUCUGAGACUUCUGCUGCAUCACCGUCAAACACAUCCGUCUUCUCAUCCGCCAAUAACUCUGAAGCAGCCGAGAAUGGGAUAGCAGCGGGUUUGAAGGAAGUGCUGAAGUUAGUUGACAUCUAUUAUUCUAUCCCUCAUACUUAUAUCCCCGUACUUCCCGAGAAGCCCAGCUUCAUCUCCAACCUUUCAAAACACUCUCCGCUCUUGCUCAAUGCAAUUUGCGCUAUUGGCAUGCGCUACGCCGCCUUUGAAGUCAGCAAAGACUAUGUGGACAUUGCCAUCUCGAUGCUUAACGCUGCUCCUAACCCUACUCAAACGGAUGUUGAAGCUAUUCAACAUGUACAGGCACUCUUGAUUGUGACGUACAUUGCUUUCGGCGCUGCGAACGUACCGCAGGCCCACGAAUUCUUUACCCGGGCGUGUGAUAUUGCACUGAGCUUAAAUUGGAACAUUGUUGAUGGCGGGGGGGAUAUCAAGGCACGCAGCCUCCCCGCUGCGCCUCCUAGCCUUUUAGCACUUUUGGGCGAGAUGUCAUCAAGCCCUAUUGUGUCUAUGGACGGUGACAUGGCGAAGGAUUUGAUGAAUAUGACGAGAAAAACUUGGUGGGAGUGUUGGGUGACCGACAUAAUGUUGAGUGUCACCUGUAGGGCUCCCCGAGUGUUACAGAAUGUAGUGCUCAGGGCUCAAAUCCCAUCACCUCCUUCAAUAUACGAGGAACCAGGGUGCCCCCUUGUUUGGUACUACCCACUGAGGAUCCGUGCGUUGACCUUACUUCUGGAGUCCAUCGCAUUCCCCGAAUGCCCUGAUUCUGCGUCUCGAUCACUGCAUGUGGAACAAUUCACGACCAUUGAUACCCUCAUCGAGAACGUGAUGAUGGAGUGUCAGCUUGCAUCGGCCGAUUGUACCAAAAUAUGCUCGACGCUGGGUGGCUCGUCGGGGGCGACCUCUCCUCUCGGAAUUGAGGCCCUUAUAGGGAGGGAAAUUUUCCAUAUGACGAUUCUUAUGCUUCACGCCUCUAGUGUCCAUCUUCACCACCUCUACGCGAUGCCAGAGGUAAACUUCGACAUGAAGGUCUGUCGCAUAACGACUGCAUCUUUGGUAGGCGACAUACAUCAAUCCAGUGACGAGUAUCGUGAAUCGAUCUUCGCGCCUUCGCGUUCCAAAAUCGUUUCUGCUUCAAGGUCUCUCAUGUCUCUGAUGCGUUCUUCACACAAAGCGAACCUCCUGCAAACAGUCCCAGAGUCCCCUGUUUCAUCUUCCUCAAACCCUGAUCUCUCCCAGCUGGCGGACGCCGCCGUUCUUUCGUGCUCAGCUUCACGAGGUAACCUAUCAUUGCCGUCGAGUGGAUCUUCGAUCAUGGUUCAAGAAGAUAUCCUUCGGCAUUCACCAUUUUGCGGCUGUUCGCAAGUAGUCGCCGCUUUCGGUGCGGCUUUAGAGGUGGCGACGGCAGGGACCAGGUGGCAGGCCAUGGCCGCCGAGAGCAAUUUCGGGACGAGCAAAAUGGUGUUGCAGCGCUUGAAGAGGAUGUGGCCUAUAGCUGCUGUAUUUGAACAGGAACUUGACAAAUGUCAUGGUGCUGUUCAGGGCGCACUUGAAGUUUGGUAA